AUGAAGUGCAUUUAUAAACUAAUUAAUAAUUUUAAGCUGUUCUUUCGUGAAUUAUUAAUUAUAUUCAGCCCAUCGUCAAAAUUACAAAGACGAACCAAUGGCAAAAUGCAGAAAAAAUGGAAGUUAUUUGAGUUAUUUCACGCUACUGAUUUUGAAUCAUUGAUGUAUCCUUCCUUCACAUGUUGCUACAUGCUUGGAAUAUUUCCAUAUAAAAUUAACGCAUUGGCCUUUGAGGCUUCAACAUCACGUUAUAUUUUUUCAACCAUCACCAUCUGUGUUUGCUUUGCUUCUUUAUUGUACAUUCUCUAUAUUAUCAACAUUUGUGGAUGUAUCAAGUACAUAAAUGUACCUACAACUCUUAACCGUAAUUGCUUCUAUGUACUCAGUGGUUUUAUAGCGGUUGUUACACACAUUUUGAGCGGUCCCCGAAUGCAUUUGCUUCAAAGCAUAAAGGAGAUUUCAUCAAAAUUGCCUUUGGAAUUAUAUCGGAAGCUAUCCAGAUUAAUCCAUACUAAGGACAUCUUAGGAUCCUUGUUCUUACUUCUUCAAACGCCGAUAUUUUUGAAGAUGAAUAUUCAUAUUAUAAUUAAAAUUUUCAUAAUAUACGUUAAUCUGCUGAUAUUUCAUAUGGAUAUGCUGUAUAUGAAUUGUGUUUGUAUACUAAAGGCUUGUUUCAAGAGAAUCAAUGAUAAUCUGGAGAAUAUGCGGGAACAAAUGAUGAUACAUAAUCUCAACAAAAUAUGCUACAAACAAAAAAUUUCAUUCUUGCUGAUCGAAUUAAAGACAUUGAAAAAACGUCACCUAAUAAUUAGUAACACAGUGCAAACGUUGAACAUAAUUUUCAGUUUACAGCUCCUCGCUACUGUAAUUUUAACUUUCACCCAGAUCACUUUUGAUCUCUACUUUCAAAUAUUGUAUUGGCAAAGAGACAUAUCUAUGAUGGAUAUAAAUGGUUAUAGUUAUAGUGCGGUUUUGGCGAUAUUUACAAUGUAUUAUUUUGUAAAAAUAAUGUUGAUAGUGUGGGCCUGUGAGACCAGCAAGGAUCAGGCUAUGCAGAUUGGCACCAGUAUUCAUGAUGCGCUUAACAGUAUUGGCAACAAUAGAAUAAAAAAUGAGUUGCAGUUGUUUUCCUUACAAAUUCUACACCGUAAAAAUACAUUCUCCCCAAAGGGUUUUGCUAUGAACGCAACGCUUCUCACUGCGAUAAUAGGUAGUGUCAGCACGUACUUAUUUAUUUUGACGCAAUUUUUGAAUAUGACAUAUUAUUGCGAUGAUGAAGUUACCAAAAAUGUUACACAAAUUCACUAG